ACGCGGUACAUCCUUUCAGCCAGCGCCGUCGUCCUGAGUGAGUGUGUGGCCUGGAUGGACUGGUGAAAUUACUGCGGUUUUAACCAAGUCAGUCACUUUUGAGUUGCACUAGCACAUUACCAAGAUGCCGGCGUAUUUCCAGCGGCCAGAAAACGCUCUCAAGCGAGCGAACGAAUUUCUUGAGGUCGGCAAGAAGCAGCCAGCCUUGGAUGUUUUGUACGAUGUUAUCAAGAGUAAAAAACAUCGAACAUGGCAGAAGAUCCACGAGCCCAUUAUGCUCAAGUACCUGGAGCUGUGUGUGGAUCUGCGCAAGAGCCACCUGGCCAAAGAGGGUCUCUACCAGUACAAGAACAUCUGCCAGCAGGUGAACAUCAAAUCUUUGGAGGAUGUGGUCAGGGCUUACCUGAAGCUGGCAGAGGAAAAGACGGAGACAGCCAAGGAGGAGUCGCAGCAGAUGGUUCUGGACAUCGAGGACCUGGACAACAUCCAGACUCCAGAAAGCGUGCUGCUGAGUGCUGUGAGCGGGGAGGACACCCAGGAUCGUACCGACCGCCUGCUGCUCACGCCGUGGGUGAAGUUCCUGUGGGAGUCGUACCGCCAGUGCCUGGACCUGCUGAGAAACAACUCCAAGGUGGAGCGUCUGUAUCAUGACAUCGCCCAGCAAGCUUUCAAGUUCUGCCUGCAGUACACCCGAAAAGCAGAGUUUCGCAAGCUGUGCGACAACCUGCGCAUGCAUCUGGGUCAGAUCCAGCGGCACCACAACCAGAGCACCGCCAUCAACCUGAACAACCCCGAGAGCCAGUCCAUGCACCUGGAGACGCGGCUGGUGCAGCUGGACAGCGCCAUCAGCAUGGAGCUCUGGCAGGAAGCGUUUAAGGCCGUCGAGGACAUCCACGGCCUCUUCGCCCUCUCCAAGAAGCCUCCCAAGCCUCAGCUCAUGGCCAACUACUACAACAAGGUUUCCACGGUCUUCUGGAAGUCUGGGAACGCUCUCUUCCACGCCUGCACUCUCCACCGCCUCUACCAUCUGUCGAGGGAGAUGCGCAAGAAUCUGACCCAGGACGAGAUGCAGAGGAUGUCCACCAGAGUCCUCCUGGCCACUCUGUCUAUUCCCAUUACGCCUGAACGCACCGACAUCGCUCGGCUGCUGGACAUGGACGGCAUCAUCGUGGAGAAGCACCGCCGGCUGGCCACCCUGCUGGGCCUCCAGUCCCCACCGACCCGCCAGAGCCUCAUCAACGACAUGGUGAGAUUUAACCUGCUGCAAUACAUCGUCCCUGAAGUGAAGGAGCUCUACAACUGGCUGGAGGUCGACUUUCAUCCGCUCAAGCUGAGUGGGAGAGUGACGAAGGUGUUGAAUUGGGUGAGAGAUCAGGCUGAGAAGGAGGCAGACCUGCAGCAGUAUGUCCCUCACCUGCAGAGCAACACCAUCCUUAGACUCCUGCAGCAGGUGGCUCAGAUCUACCAGAGCAUCGAGUUCAGCCGUCUGGCCUCCCUGGUUCCCUUCGUGGACGCCUUUCAGCUGGAGCGCUCAAUCGUGGACGCUGCUCGCCACUGCGAUCUCCAGGUCCGGAUCGACCACACGUCUCGAACGCUGAGCUUCGGCUCCGACCUGAACUACUCGACCAAAGAGGAUUCUCCGGUCGGUCCGUUCCUGCAGAACAUGCCGUCGGAGCAAAUCAGGAACCAGCUGACCGCCAUGUCUGCUUCCCUGGCUAAAGCCAUCCAGGUCAUCAAACCUGCCUCUAACCUGCAAGAGCGCGAUGAACAUAACCAGCAGGCCAUCGCUGCGUAUCUGAAAAACGCUCGCAAGGACCACCAGCGCAUCCUGGCCCGCAGGCAGACCAUCGAGGAGCGCAAGGAGCGCCUGGAGAGCCUGAACAUCCAGCGGGAGAAGGAGGAGCUGGAGCAACGAGAAGCCGAGAUGCAGAAGGUCCGCAAAGCCGAGGAGGAGCGUCUGCGGCAGGAGGCCAAGGAGCGGGAGAAGGAGCGCAUCAUGCAAGAACACGAACAAAUCAAGAAGAAGACGGUCCGCGAGCGACUGGAGCAGAUCAAGAAAACAGAGCUGGGAGCCAAAGCUUUCAAGGAUAUUGACAUUGAGGACCUGGAGGAGCUGGAUCCUGAUUUCAUCAUGGCCAAACAGGUGGAGCAGCUGGAGAAGGAGAAGAAGGAACUUCAGGAGCGUCUGAAGAAUCAAGAGAAGAAGAUUGAUUACUUUGAGAGGGCAAAACGCCUCGAAGAGAUUCCUCUGAUCAAGAAGGCGUAUGAGGAACAGCGAGUCAAAGACAUGGAGCUGUGGGAGCUCCAAGAGGAGGACAGGAUCAACAACCUGAAGAUCGAGCGGGAAAAAGCUCUGGAGCAUAAGAAGCGGAUGUCCAGGAUGAUGGAGGAUAAGGAAGGCUUCCUGGCCAAGAUCACGGCGGCCCGCAGCUUCAUCUAUGAGGAAAAACUUAAAACGUUUGAGGAGCGUUUGGUGGAGGAGAGGAAAACGCGCAUGGAAGAAAGGAAGAGGCAGCGCAAAGAGGACCGACGUAACACGUUCUACCGCCAGAAGGAGGAGGAGGCUCAGCGGAUCCACGAGGAGCAGCUCAAGAAAGAGCGUGAGGAGCGAGAGCGCGUGGAGCAGGAGCGCCGUGAGGAGGAGGAGCGGGAGUACCAGGAGCGUCUGCGCAAACUGGAGGAGCAGGAGCGCAAACAGCGCGCGCGACAGCAGGAGAUAGAGGAGCGCAUCCGGCAGAAGACCGUCAGCCCACAGGAGAAGAAACCCAAGGAGGAGAAGGACGAGGGAGGGUGGAGAAGGAAAACUGACGGCGACUCGGAAUGGCGCCGCCCGGUUCCUGACAAGGACUGGAGACAGGAGGGCCGAGAAGACAACCGAGAGGAGCGGGACGGCCCCUUCAGGCGUGGGGACGGUCCUCGCCGUGACGGGGACGACCGCGGGCCUCGCCGAGGCUUUGACGACGACCGAGGUCCGCGUCGCGGAGGAGACGACGAGCGUCCGCCUCGCAGGGAGAUGGAUGACGACCGUGGGCCGCGCCGAGGUUUCGACGACGACAGAGGUCCCAGGAGGGGUGGGGACGAAGACCGCGGACCCAGACGAGGAUUUGACGACGACCGCGGUCCCCGACGCGGUUUCGAUGACGACCGUGGACCCAGACGCGGCUUCGACGACGACCGUGGACCCAGACGUGGCUUUGAUGAUGACAGGGGUCCUCGCAGGGGGCUUGAUGACUCCAGGGGUUCCAGACGUGGGGCUGACGACGACUGGGGCCCCAGAAGAGACAUGGAUGAUGGCCCGCGCCGCGGUGAGGACGCCAAGCCAUGGAAACCCCUCGGCAGACCCGGUGGCUGGCGUGAGCGGGAAAAAGCCCGAGAGGAGAGCUGGGGGCCGCCCCGCGGCGGCGCCAAUGACGACGGAGAAGAAGACGAUGGAGACGAGCGAUCCAGCGACCACUUCAGAGACCGUCGUCCACAGAGAGAAGAGAAUCCCUGGAGGAGAGGAGGCAACGAGGAAGGAAGCUGGAGGGAUUCCCGCAGAGAAGAGACCGACAAGGAUGACCGCCGUAGCGACCGGGACGACCGCCGUAGCGACCGGGACGACCGCCGUAGCGACCGGGACGACCGCCGUAGCGACCGGGACGACUGCCGUAGCGACCGGCGAGACAGAGACAGACGAGACGAUCGCGAACACAGACCUCCACCUAGAGAUACUGAUGAAGGAAGCUCCUGGCGCCGCGGCGGCGACAACAAACGGGAGGAGCGUGAGAGGGAACGCCCCAGAGAGCGGGAGAGAGAAAGGGAGCAAGAGUGCGACGCUGAAGGGGAAAAGGCUUGGCGUACCGACAAGGAAAACCCUCGCCGCACCAAGAACGAGACGGACGACGACGGUUGGACCACCGUCCGGCGCUGAGCAGCUGCUCCGCCUCCUGGGACGAACAUGACAAGAAUUACUAUAAUAAUAAGAGAAAAAUACUCAGCCAGUGGGUCACAGCUUCUAGCUUCUAAUACUGGAUGAAAUAUUUGUAGACUUUAGCUUCAUGGGGAUUUAUUUUAUCUUUUUGUGAUUUUUUUUUUUGACUGGUUCCUCCUCAACUCUAAUAUCAGUAACCCAAUGAGCUUGUGUGGCCUCUUUAACAAUAAUCUAAAAAUGGUCUGACGUUCAAUGCAAACUAUGUAUCACCAACUGCCUCUUAAUCAUAGACUGCAUCGAUAAUCUGACUCAGAUUAGCAUCUCCUGUAGUAGCAGCAGUUUCUCCUGGUUUAAUUUGCCGGUGGGUUUCACAUCUUGAUUUGCAUGCUUCAGAAAAUUCAGGUGGUUUCUUGAUAUCCGGUGUUUGCUUCUGUCCUGCUGCAGCCGCUGGAUGCAUGUUGACAGAACAACUUUACGUAAUAAAAAUGUUUGCUCACCGC